AUGGAGAGAGAGAGGAGCAUGCGAUUUCAUGCAGGAUUGCCUGAUAGUUUUUGGGCAGAAGCUGUUAAUCAUGCAAGUUAUUUGAUUAACAGAUCACCAUCUACAGUUCUCGGUUUUAAGAGUGCAGAAGAGGUAUGGUCUGAGAAGCCGGUGGACUAUUCCAAGCUCAGGGUAUUCGGCUGUAGUGCUUAUGCACAUAUUCCAAGUGAUGAAAGGUCCAAGCUCAAACCAAAGUCUACACAUUGCAUAUUCUUAGGUUUUGAGAAAGGAGUGAAGGGUUUCAAGCUUUGGGAUAUCAACAACAGGAAAAAGGUUGUCAGCCGAGAUGUUGUCUUUGAUGAGACAACCAUGCCUCUGAAUAAAGUCGAGAGCAGUAGGGAGAAGAAAGACGAUGCUGAAAUUGAAGCAACAAAGAUUCCGUUAAUCAGUUCAAACGAAGAAGAAGCUCAGGUGGAGCAAAUUGAGCAAGAUGCCGAAUCUGAUGGUUUUGAGGAAGAAGAUGAGCAUCAGCAUCGUUCACCAGUUAGGAAUCAAGUGGAGCAAGAAAUGGGGCACAUUGAAGGCACUCUAAUCCGCCAGACAUCCCAAAGGAAGAAACUUGACAGGUUUGGGUUUGACCAAGACGAAGUUAAUUUUGCUCUCAACAUUAGUCAAGGAGAUCCAACUACUUAUCGAGAAGCUAUAGCAAGUGAUGAGCGAGAUAGUUGGAUAAGUGCUAUGACAGAAGAAAUGGAGUCUCUUUACAAGAACUCUGUUUGGGAGUUGGUUCCUAAGCCCAAAGACAGAAAGCUAGUUGGAUGCAAGUGGGUGUUUAGGAAAAGGAAGGACUACAUGAACAAGAUGCCGUGA